AUUCAUUCAUUUCUGUUUCAAAACUGUUGAAGUAUCGUGUGUUGAGUUUGCGACUUUGUUUUGUGUAACAAUUUAAUUAUUUUCAUGCUUUGUUAAAGUUUAUAUUUUAAAUAUGACAACUUUAUACAGUGUAUUGAUUUUCGCUUGUACUCUGCCAGCAGUUUUCAGCGUACGUUGUUAUCAAUGUGCAUCGUCCCAAAACUUGCUAGAAGAUACUUGCGGCGCUUACAAGACAUUCGACAAAGAGAGUCACAUAGCAGUUGACUGCUACAGCGAAGAAACCAAUAUACAGGGAGCAUUUUGCAUGAAACUCACUCAACAGGGACCUAAAGGGUUUAUUUGGGAUGGUAGAUGGCGACAAGUGAUUCGCCGCUGUGCCUCAAUAGCAGAUACUGGAGUGACCACAGUGUGCAACUGGGGGGUGUAUGAAAAUGGCGUAUAUUGGGAGGAGUGUUACUGUGCUUCGGAUGAGUGCAAUGGUUCAUCAUUCAUUACCUCUUCCGUUGCACUGACUUUGAGUACCAUAGUUUUAGCUUACCUGCACAAACUUGUUUUGUGAUGUAGUUAAGUAAUACUUUCAAAGUUGACAUAAUUGAUAUUAACAGGGCUCAAACUUUUAGUGCCGAUGAUGUACCUAGAUGAUUGUAAACAAUUACCACUUAUAAACAAUUACCACUUAUCAAUGUUUUGAAUUAAACAAUAUUUUUGGAGGUAAAUGAAAAAAAUGUGUGUUGCUUACUGCUAUAAUUUCGUAAAAUUUACUUUAUUUACAACAUCAUCCAGUGUGUAAAAUGGCAUCAUUUUUACAUUACUUACAAUAAAAAUUUGAGUCCUGGACAUAUAAAUGAAAUGAUAUUAUGGUGGGCUGAAAGGGCAUUCAUGAAAAAAUAAUAAAAAAAAAAACAUAGGUACAUUCUAAUCCACCCAGAAGAAUAGUUACCAACUGUUGAAAGUUUGAGAACCUGCAUGAUGUUCAAUAAAAAGUAAAUAAAAAAAAAACAAAUGACCACAACAAUUGGAUUCUAGUUAAAUUCUAGCCAAAGGAAGGUGUACCUAUAAAUAUUAAUUUCAAAUUAAUUUAACAGUGGAAGAAAAAAAAGUGGAAGUAACAAGCAUUAAGCCUGUAUUUCUGUUAUGUUUACAGUUUUUUUACAGGCCAUGUAAAGCAUGUGUAAUGAUAACAGAAGUAAUACAAUUUUCGUAUCUUGGGUAGAACAUACCUUUUCCAAUAGAGUUAGAACAUGACAAGAGCCUAAAUAUUGUAAAUUUGUAUGUUGUUAUUUUGUUCCGUCCAAUUUAUAAUACUUCUUAGGUUUUAGUACUUAUACAUUUUAUACUAACUUUUUAAUGAAGUGAAAGAUACCAUUCUGGGGUAGAAUCUGGACCUACCUAUAUGUAUUUUUUCAAUAGAGUAGGUUAGUAAAUGUCAAGAGCCUUGUAAAUUUGUGUCUUGUAAUUCUUUUCCGUCCAAUUUAUAUUAGUUUUUAAUACUUAUAACUGCAUUUUAUGCAAACUUUUUACAGCUGUCUUCAGUAAAGAUCUUAUUAUGGUAUAAAUAUUUUCUCAUUUCAAGUUUAAAUUUACACAAUAUUGAUUUAUGACAGAGUAGAGUUAGUAAAAUAUGUAAUAACAAAAUGCCUUAAUAGAGUAAGUAAGUAUAAAGUAGUAUGUCGUGCCUUAUAGUCCGUUUUUUUUAGCAUUAGAAAGAACUUCGCAGAAGUAAGCUUGUGGUUCCAAAUCCGGCACUAUUAGCGGUAAUAAUUUGAAGUAAAUUAUAUGUAUUGACCAUGCUAAUUAGAUAAUUCAAUAAUUAUUAACAAUUAAAGAGCCUGAUAAAAACUGCACGCCUGCUUCUGUGGAGUUCUUUCUAAUGCUAAAAAAACGAACUGCAUACUCAUAAAUUUUCAUUGUAGAUUGUAAGUGUUUCAUUAUCUGUUCUUUGACUUGAGAAUCUCAUUAAUAUUGUUUACUUAUCAAAUGAUUCAUGCAGACAAUUAUUUUAUUAUUUUCAAGAUAAAAGAUUUCAAAAACAUUCCCUAACCUGUGAUUAAGAAGUAACUUCUUUUUUAACAAAUGUAUUAUCAGUUAAAAUAAUUAUGAAUUAUUAUAAAACUAUGCAUUUUCAAAUAAA